AUGCCUCGUUCCAAUAUUGAGUUUGCCACAUCUGACGGUGUCACCCUUCGAGGGUGGUUUUACCUGCCAUCAACAGCAAAUUUAUCCAAGCUGCCAUGCUUGGUCCUCUGCCAUGGCUUCUCCGCAUUGAAAGAAAUGGAUCUUGACGCUUUCGCCGAACGCUUUACCAACCGGCUCAAGAUGGCCUGUGUAGUUUACGACAACAGAGGACUCGGGGACAGCGAUACCGGGCCAGGCCAGCCGAGACAAGAAAUUGUUCCUGACCUCCAGGUCGCCGAUGUAUCCGAUGCCAUUACCUUUGCCCAGUCGCGGAGUGAAGUCGAUCCAGAGAGGAUCGGCGUCUGGGGAAGCUCUUACAGUGGCGGGCAUGUCCUCCGCGUUGGGGCCGUUGAUAGACGCGUCAAGAUAGUUCUCUCUCAGGUUCCGUGUCUGAAUGGAUGGGACAACUUCAACCGGCUUGUACGGCCAGAUUUUGUAGAGUUCAUGGAAGGCGAAUUCCAGAAAGACCGACUCGAACGAGCGGCCGGAAACGCCCCGGCCACAGUCAAGGUGGUAGACGAGAACCCUCUAGCACCCUCUGCACUCCCCACGCCUGAUAGCUACGACUUCUUCCAAAAGCUCUGGGCUCCCAAGUCAGCAUGGAAGAACGAGGUCACGCUCAAGUCGCUGGAGCUCUUCCGUGCCCACGAUCCAUCAGCGUGGAUCCAUCGCAUCUCGCCAACGCCGUUGUUGAUGACAGUCGCGGAAAACGAUGUUUUGACGCCGACGGACUUAGCUCUCGAAGCUUACUCUCGGGCACGGGAACCAAAGCAACUCUCCAUCUUACCAGGGGGCCAUUUCGAUGCUUAUACUGGGAACAACUUUGAACGAAAUGUGACAAGGCAGAUCAAGUUUCUUAAAGAGUAUUUGGGAGUUGAAGAUAUCUAG